AUGCCGACCUACCUCCUCUACCAGUAUGCCCCCUCUCUCCCCGCCGCCAUUGCGGCGACGGUCUGCUUCGGCCUCCUCACCACCAGCCAUGCCAUCCACUACUGCGCCCAGCGCACCUGGUUCUUCACCCCGUUCAUCAUCGGGGGGAUCUUCGAAACAACCGGCUACAUCGGCCGCAUCAUCAACAGCACCCAAACCCCGAACUGGACCACCGCCCCGUAUAUCAUGCAAUCCCUGCUGCUGCUCGUCGCCCCCUCCCUCUUCGCCGCCUCCAUCUACAUGGUCCUGGCGCGCAUCAUCCGCCUCACCGACGGGGACACUCGCUCCGUCCUGCCGGCCCACUGGAUCACCCGCGUGUUCGUCGUAGGCGAUGUCCUUGCUUUCCUGGCGCAGGCGGGAGGCGGGGGCCUUCUGGCCAAGUCCAAUUCACCAACCACCACCCGAACAGCCAACUGGAUCGUCAUCGCCGGCCUGGGCAUCCAGGUCGUCUUCUUCGCGGCCUUCAUCCUCGUCUCGGCGGUGUUCCAUCGCCGCAUGCAGAGCCACCCCACGCGACGCGCGCGGAGGACCCGGGUGCCGUGGAGUGGGUUUCUGUGGGUGCUGUACCUCGCCAACGGGCUGGUUCUGGGGAGGUCGGUGUUUCGCGUGGUCGAGUUCGCGAUGGGCAGGGAUGGGGUUCUUCAACGGCGCGAGGUGUGGUUGUAUGUGUUUGAUGGGGCGGUGAUGGCGUUGGUGAUGCUGGUUUUGUUGAUGUGGCAUCCGAGGCAGCCCAGCAGGCAUCGCCAACCCAACCUACCUUACUAA